AUGAAGAUGAGAAACAAAGGUAAAGUAUACCCUUCUCCAUCUUCCUCAUCAUCUUUUCCCUCAUACUCUCCAAACAGAGACGCUUUGUCCGUUUUAAAGCUCUUACCGGCGGCUAUUCUAGCCCUAGCCGCAGUUCUGUCUCUUGAAGACAAAGAAGUUUUGGCAUAUAUGAUCACAAGGUGGGACUCUUCUCCCAACCGUGAAUUGAUUCACCAAGCCAUUGAAGCAUUUGAAGAACACUUGAGCCAUGGUGAACAGUCAAAGAAAGGCAAAAACAAGAAGAAAGAGAAAAUGGGUCGCCGUGGGACUGAAAAACUGGCGACUGUGUCUGAUAUUCCAUUGCCGGAGAGAGAAAAUAUAUCGCCGGAUCUUGAAGAAAGUUUGGUUCAGAUUAUGCCAACAAAAGAGGUUUCUUCACCGGAAAUGGCUGAGUUGGUGUCAGGAAAUGGAGAAGAUGAAACGGGAAUGGCUAAAGAGAAUUUGCCGGAGACAGCGUAUGGUACGGCGGCGAAUAACCACAAGGGUUUGGCCAGAAAGGUAUUUCCGGACCUGUUAGGAUUAUUCAAUUCUCGUCUGUGGAGUCUUUGGAAUCCGAACAUGUAGAAGAAGAACAAAAAAAAAAAUCAGUCUUUUUUAAAACUUGGAUGGAAGAAAAAGUUAUACAGAGUGGGUGGUGGUUAGAUUAUAUUCUACAAUCUAAAUGGUACCUUCAUUAAGCAUUUUGUUUAUUUUCCUUUUUGGUUUUGAAUGCCUGAGCUUGGGGCAUUUAGCCGGCGGGAAGUCAUUGUCCCGGAGAAGUUGUUGUCCGACUAUUUUUCCAGAGAAAAUAUGUCUUUUUGAUUGUGUAUUUUUAAUUUUUUGCUUAGUAGCUAAGCGUUGUUCAUUAGGAGUAGGUGAAUAUAAUUGGAUACGUGGGCCAAUGAAUGUGAACUUUUGAAGCUUU